AUGAGGGUAUUGGGCAACUUUUUGACGCUGGCUUUGUUCGCAUUUUCUACACCAACUGUACUGGGCGCAAGCUGGACGUUCACGGAUGCAACAGUGUCUGUGCAGAGUAAAGGCUCGGGUGUAGGAGGUGCUCGAAAGGAAAGCCUCACACCUGGCAAGCCAUUGGCUAAACCCAUUGAGUUGGGGUCGAGCGACAGCCUCAAGAUUGUGCUCACAACUCAAGAAGGAAAGACUGCCAAACGACCGCACCAGGCAUUCUUGCUACUCAGAGAUGGCGCCUCGAAUCUCGACCUUUCGUAUCCACUAAGUGUCAAGGAAUCAGGAAAGGCCAAGGUCGACUUGACACAGAAAGACCUUCCUACACAAUUUCUGAGGAGCAAUGCAAAGAUAACUGCGCAUCUGGUCGUUGCUUCUUUCGGCUCUUUCACCGGUUACAAUUCUCUCGCUUUCAACCUCAAUGUUGUCACGGAUCAGAACAUACCGGCUAGUACGACUGAGAAAGCCCUGAGAUAUGGGAAGUUGCCAGAAAUACACCACAUCUUCAGAAGUGAUCCUAAAUCACCUAACAUUUUGAUCAGCAUUGUCUUCGCACUUGGAGCAGUCGCGGCGUUACCCGUCCUGCUCGGUGCAUGGUUGUUCCUUGGGGGCAAUGUCAAUCAUUUCCAGAAGGCCCUGUCAGAUGCACCCGUCGCUCAUGCCUUGUUUGUUGGCUCAAUCAUAGGUCUCGAAGGCAUACUGUUCAUGUAUUACUCAAGCUGGAACCUCUUCCAGACAUUACCUGCUCUAUUUGCAGUUGGCAUGGUAACCUUCAUCAGCGGAAGUCGCGCUCUUACAGAAGUCCAAGAUAGGCGACUUGCAGGUCAACGAUGA